AAACAAAAAUCCACGCGUGUUACUUGAUUUGAGAGAAAAUAGGGCGAAAAAAGAACAGAGAAUGCGUAAAGGUGAUCGAAAGUCAAGUUGUUUCGCGAUUGAUCAAAACUCCUCAGUCCCGCUUUUUACAAUCUAAUUGAGAGCAGAAGCGAAUUCUGGCACCGAACUAGAGUUUCAGCAGACUUUCAGGGUAAGGUUUCACCGAUCUUUAUUUUCUACGUACGUCUCGACGUUCGCUACCGCUUUUUUCUCGAGCUCUGGUUUCUAGGGUUUCGCAAUUCCAAUCUCCAAAUUUAAAUAUCGGGCAACAUCGGGUCGGGGAUUUCAGAUUAGUGUUUCCGUAAUGCACUUUAUUCUUGGUAGGAGAAGAAGAUGAGAGCGCUCGAAGAAGUUACGGGGGUUCCACUCUCGUUGUCGCCUGUUUCCAACUCCCCCGUGGAAGUAGGGAAUAAUGGUUCGAGGUUCUCCGGUUGGCUUUUUGACUGCCAUGGAUUCUGCGUUCUCAAUCUGGCAUGGUGCUGUCUCCAGACAUGGGAAUGUACUCCUGGGAAGGACUUCUCAUGGAACCUCUUGUCAUUGUUUACAACAUCUGGCAUGCUGUUUCUGGAAAUUAGCUUGGUGGCCUUUUUAUUCCAAGGAAACUAUGCCAGUGGGCUGGAGGCUUUAACACGCACCUUUGUUGUUUCAGGAGUCAUUGUUUGUGCAGAUAUACUUCUCAAGACAAUUUAUAUAUUCAGCUUUGGGAUCCCCCUAUUCAUUGGCCAUGAUGAAACAAAAUAUCAGGUUAAGUGGGGCUUAUGGGUUGUCCACAAGUUAUUGCUUACCACAGUCUAUGGCGUUAUAUUUUUCAUGUACCACACAAAAUGGAGAGAGAGACUGCCUGCAAGACCUGCGUUCUACAAUUACAUCUCUGUGAUGCUACUGUUGAAUGCGUUGGCAUUGUUUGCAUGUGCCAUUGUAGGAAAUGGGGCUGGCUUUGGGUUUUGGUUGUACAAUUUUACUACUGUUUGUUAUCAUUCCUUCUAUCUUCCUCUUCUCUAUAUAACAUUUCUAGCAGACUUUUUCCAGGAGGAAGAUUUACAUUUGGAAAAUGCUUACUAUUCCGAGAUGAAAGAUGCUGGUUUUUUCGAUGCUGAUUGGGAUUGAUCCUGUAACAAGCUGUCAAAGAAUUAGUUGUUCACUACACCUUGUAAAUAAAAACUGAACAAAUGACAAUGUUGGAGGAUUGAUCGAUUCUUGUAUUUGUUUAUAUUCUGUAAUAUUUUAAUGCCUCUGUUACACUGUUAGUUACCAUUUUGUGUUGCAUCAUCCACUCAAGGAAGUACUGAUGUUUAACUUUGCGCGAUGCA